AUGAUGAUCAAUAAAAAGGAGAAAAAUAACGAGUACGGGGAACCUGCCCCAUAUGAUCCGACAUUCAGUGGCCCUGUUCAAAAAAGGGCAUGUACUGAUGUCUUGUGCUGCAUUAUUUUCUUUGCUGCGAUGGUUGGAUAUGUUAUUCUCGGGGGGGCUGCUUGGCUUUAUGGAAACCCCCAAUAUAUUAUCUAUCAGCAGAACUCUGCUGGAGGAUUCUGUGGAAUUGGACCCAAUGUUGACAAACCCAACGUAUUUUAUUUUGAUGUGCUGAAGUGUGCCUCUGCAGCCAAUGUAACAGCUGCAACGUUCAAGGGCCUUCAAUGUCCAACGACUCAAGUGUGCGUUAAGAAGUGCCCUUCAACCUUUUGGUUUUUGCCCCCGAAGGCAUUCAUUGCAGGGGCAAAACCUAGUGAAUUCUUCCAACAGGAGUUGUGUGACCCCAGUUUGGACCUUGCUCGGACCACACUGACAAUACAAGAGAUCCUGAACAAAGAUCUGUGCCCAGCAUAUUAUAUGCCAACCAAACAAGUUCAGGGAAAAUGUUUGCCAAGUUUUGACCCAAAGGACAUUCCAUCAGAUUUCAGUGUCCCUGGAUUAACUUUGGAUGAAAAAACACUGAAGAACAUAAUGGAUGCUACAAGCGCUCUCCGUUCAGGAUUUAAUGCGAAAUCCAUGAAAGUCAGGAUCAUUGAAGAUCUUGCCUUUACGUGGUAUUGGAUAUUAAUAGGUUUGGUGAUCACUUUGGUGGUAAGUAUGGUGCUUAUUCUGCUGAUGCGAUUCUGUGUGUCAGUGGUGGUCGUGGUGCUUCUCGUCGGUGUCCUAUCAGUGGGAGCAUAUGGUAGGUUUCUGAUUUUCUUGAACACUGAUUCUGGCAUACUGCUAAUGCUGAUUUACUCACAUGCUCACGAGUCCUGCAUUCUUCAAUCCAAGAUGUCAGACAUCCUUCAAGUGAAGGAGAUCUGGCUGGCUUUCUUGGUGAUUGUGUCCCUGCUGGAGUUCAUCCUAUUGGUGCUGUUUGUUUCAUGUUUAAGAAAAGGAUUUUUGAAAGCUUUGGCAAUGAUGAGGCAGUGUAGCAAGGCAAUGGGUGCCAUGUUCUCUGUAAUGGUGUUUCCUUUGGUCACAUUUCUGCUGGUCACACUCUGUGUGAGCUUCUGCGCAGUGACUAGCAUAAAUCUGGCUACUUCUGGACUGCCAGUGUACUAUAAAGUUGCACUGAAUUCAUCAAAUCCAGAAUGUGCUGUCAUCACAGGCAACCAACCAUGUGUCCCAGAGUCUUUCAAGGCUUCGGACUACCCCAACUGUCCUGUGCGCUGUGUCUUUGCUCAAUAUGAUGAGGAAGGCGGGUACCAUACUGGCUCCUUGGCGUUUGGUGCUGUCUUUGUUAAUAUGUUCCAGGGCAUCCGGAUUGUGCUGCAGUAUCUUAAAAAUGUCACCAAAGGUGGACAGAGAUGCAGUUGGUGCUGUUGUCCUCUGAUUAUCAUCCUGAGAUCAUGCUUCUGCGCCUUGGAUACCGUCAUCAAAUACUUCAACAGGAACACAUACAUAAUGAUCGCGGUCUAUGGAGACAACUUCUUCAUAUCAGCUAGGAAUGCUUGCAUGCUCUGGGGAAGGAAUAAGGACCGAGUACUGGUGGUGGACCGAGUUACAGACUUGCUGCUGUUCUUCGGAAGACUGCUCGUGGUUGGAGCAAUAGGUGUUUUGGCUUUCUGCUUCUUCUCUGGAGAAAUCAGAGUGUCAGCAGACAUCUUCCAGGCUGAGCUGCUAAACUUUUGCUGGCUGCCUAUUCUUGUCCUGAUGGUUGGAUCGUACUUCAUUGCUCUCGGCUGCUUCAGUGUGUACAGCAUGGGUGUGGACACGUUCACCCUGUGUGUCAUGGAUGAUCUGGAGCGCCAUGAUGGGACUCUACAGAGACCCUACAUGUCAAGGAGCAUGAUGGAGAUCCUUCAAAAGCAAAAAGAAUUUGAUGUUUAAUAAAAACAUUUGAACAUGUACAGUAUCUCACAAAAGU